CGCAAUCACGAAUGAGAAACACUCUUGACUGAUCAAAUCACGGAUUGCUUCUAGAACCACUCACCGUCAGUCAAGAGCCCGAUCGUGAUCGACGCGAUGAGCUUGAACAGGUGAAGGUGGAACCAGCCGACUCUCCUCCAAUCUGCCUUGUGCUUGCGUAGAGGAUCCUCGCUCAGUAUCACUUCACCCAGACUCUCAUCGAAAGCAGAACUUGUCCCAACCGGAGGCCGCGGUGCGUCGCAAGGAGCUAGAGUCCAGCCUCGAUCCUUUUCGUCGCAUCGCGCGCCUCCACAGUCUCGAGAUCACAAGCUCUUUGGACUACCAUCCACGUCGACACGCCCACUACCAGCGCCACAGCCACCUCGCAUCGGUAGGAGAGGAGGUCAUUAAAAGGAACGUGGGACAGGAGGGAGUACAGCACUUCCAUUGUCCGCUGCCGCGUGACUCUGCUCAAGAUGUCGGAUCCUCGUACCCGACGUGUCAACAAGGAGAUCGUGGACAUUCAGUCAGAUCCAGCUAGCGGAGUCUCCAUUCAGCUGGUAGGCGACUCACCUUUUCAUUUGAAAGGGACGUUCAAAGGACCAGAAGGUAGUAUCUAUGAGAGCGGCACCUUCGACGUGGAUGUGGUCAUUCCCGAGCAGUACCCAUUUCAGCCUAUCCAGAUGCGCUUCAUCACCAAGAUAUAUCAUCCCAACGUCUCCUCGGCAACCGGAUUCAUUUGUCUGGAUAUUCUGAAGAAUGCUUGGUCGCCCGUCCUCACUCUCAAAUCAACCUUGAUCUCUCUCCGAUCGCUUUUGGUCUCUCCUGAGUAUACAGACCCUCAGGAUGCUGCCGUUGCACAACACUUCAUGAAGGACAAGAAAGACGCGGAAAACACGGCCAGGUAUUGGUGCGAGCUGUACGCGGGUGGACCUUCCGGCUCGUCGUCGAAAGCGAAUGCCAACAAGAACAAGACCAAGGAAGUGGAGGUGGACGAGGUCAGAACGGCGGGGCUGGAGCCUCAGCAUGUCAAGAAUUUCGAGGACAUGGGCUUCACAAGGAAACAAGUGAUAGAAGUGCUCAAGAAGCUCAACUACAAGGGCGACAACGUCCGCAACGUGACGGAUGAGCAAGUUCUCAAUGCUCUCUUGAGCGCUUGAGCAUCGCGCCUCCACAUCGCGCUUGAUUCCGGUGCAUGCCUCCUAGCUGCAAGCAAAGCAGUCAAAGCGCCUCACGAAGCAGAUAGCGAAGGCACCGCGUAGAAGUGUCCGUCUCAAACUUAGACUGGCACAUCUGUGCAAGCAGCAAGCGUGGCAGACUGCUCCGCCAUUCAAGGCCGCCAUCGAGCAUCAACCCUGCUAAGACUAGCCGACUGCUAUACGCGGCCAAAGCGAUCCAUCCCCCCCAUAAUCGAUUCCGCUCCCUGUUCUCCCUUGCAAACGCGAAGUCUCACCUUGCAUCGCGCCAUUGGGCGCAAGAAAGGCAAGGAAUGUCAUCCAUUUCCCUAGCGCAAACGCC